AUGGAAGCUUCUUUAUGGCCGACAUAUUGUACUGUAUGCCUCACAAAAAGAGACACCAGUGGGGGUCCGGCCCUCAGAUUAUCUUUACAGACGAGGGAGCAGCACAUCCGACGAGACAAGGCAACCAGCAAUAUCUGCACGGCACAGGCACUUCUGGCCAAUAUGACAGGAUUUUAUGCCAUAUAUCAUGGUCCAGCGGGACUCAAGCAGAUAGCACAGAAGAUCCACGACCAAACACUACAGCUGGCCAGCCGUCUCUUGGAGCUUGGAUAUCGAGUAAACUUGACUUGA